UCGACCAGCAUCCAAAUUGUAACAACAAAAUUUAAAAUUUUAUUAAAAUCAAAACAAAUUUUUUCUGUUUUAUUUCACAAUGUGUUCUCCUUGCGGACCGUGCAGCCCUUGUGAUCCUUGCUGUGGACCUUUCGAGUGCUCGCCAAAGUGUUACAAUGCAGCGCAGUUGGAAGCAUUGCCGCAAUGUGCACCGCGCAUUCCACCACCAUUUCCCAAAUGCAUAACUGUACAGCAGCCUCCGCGCCUUAUAUGCAAGAAGCGUGUUGUAUUUACGGAGAAGAUUGUGCCAGAGCCUAUGGUUGUAAAUCGUUGUCGUCAAAUUACUGUUCCUAAGGUGGUAGAUGCGACUCGGGUUAUCAAGGUUCCAAAACUCAUUUGGGUCUCGCAAAUGGUUCGCGAGCCACGUGUCAUAUAUUAUCCGUCCAUGAUACCUGAUCCCUAUGUUGUUUGUUAUCCGAAGCGUGUGUGCGAACCUAGAGAAGUUUGCCAGUCCAUAUUGUGCCAACCGAAACCCCAAACUAUCGAUAUACCACCGCCACGCGAGUACUGUUGCUACCCAAACGGACCAAUAAACUACAAGCCCAGUGCCGCUUGUCCACCAUGCCCAAUCGGACCAUGUGCACCAGGUGGCGCUUGUUGUCCACUUCCUUGCUUCUCUACAAAUCAAUAUCCAGUGUGCGAGACUCGCUGUGGACCUUGUGGCCCUUGUGGACCGUGUGGACCAGGGCGUUGUGGACCGUGUGGACCAGGGCGUUGUGGACCAUGUGGACCCUGUAGUGGACCAUGUGGACCCUGUGGUGGACCUUGCGCCGUACCAAAUUGCGGACCGUGUGGUUUGACAAUGCCUUCAGGGCCCUUUAUACCCGCACCUUGUGGUCCGUGCGGAACAGGUUGUGGACCAUUAGGAAAUGGACCUUGUGGUCCUUGCGGACCGUGUGGACCUUGUUCACCCCCCUGCCCCUACGAAUCGCCGGAGUGUGGACCCUGUUAUCCGUGCGCUCCAACGCCAUGGAACACGCAUUGUGGACCCGUUGGGCCGUGUGGUCCUCAAGUUCCGUGCGGUCCCUGUGGUCCUUGUUGAAUAUCACACAUCUAAAUGGAACACUCGACAGUGACAAAAUUGAUAUUACUAACGCGUAAAUAAAUUAGCUAAUCUUCUGUUCGAUUAUGCCUAUGCAUGACCAUAAAA